AUGGCCAACCUUCCCGCCCUCCUCAUCGACAUUCCUCGCAACCCGAUCCUCGCCGUCGGCUUGCCCAUCGGCAUUGGCGCCAUCAACGGCUUCGCCACCAAGGGCGGCAAGUACAGCGCCGACAGCCUGUGGUACAAGUCGCUCAAGAAGCCCUCGCUCAACCCGCCCAACAACUACUAUGGCAUCGUCUGGCCCGCCCUCUACGCCGCCAUGGGCUACGCCUCGCACCUCACCGUAAAGGCCCUCGACCGCACCCCGCCCGGCUUUGGCCGCGACCUCACCAAGCGCGCCAUGCAGCUCUACUGGGUCCAGCUCGGCCUCAACGCCAUCUGGAGCCCCAUCUUCUUUGGCGCCGGCCAGGUCGGACUCGGCCUCCUCAACAUCUCGGCCCUCACCGGCACCGUCGUCGCCUGGGCCAACACCGUCAAGGAGGUCGACACCAACGCCGGCUACCUCGCCCUGCCCUACGUCGGCUGGAUGGUGUACGCCACCUACCUCAACGCCUCGAUCUGGUGGCAAAACUACGGCUCCGGCUACUUCAACAAGCUGCAGAACAAGGCCAAGGACUAA